AUAGUACGAGAAGCACGGUCAGAAUGAGUCGUGAGAAAAUGUUCAACAAGGCUGCGAACCAUUUGCAGUCGCUGGCAUCGGAAUUGAGUGCCACGGAACUUUUGAGAUUCUAUGCUUUGUACAAACAGGCCACGGUAGGACCUUGCAACGCCUUGAAACCUAAAUGGUACCAAGUUCAAGCUAAGCAAAAGUGGGAAGCAUGGAACAGCUUGAACGAAAUGAGUUCUGAAGAUGCUAUGAAUAAUUACAUAGAGGAGUUGGCUAAACUCAAUCCUAACUGGGAAGAGGAUGCACAGUCUGAAUCCGGUGGAUGGGUUGCCAUUAGUAGAUUAAUAAAUACGGAAGAAGAAAUAAGUGACAAUGACAAGACGUUUUUAGAUUGGGUGAAAGACGGACAGGAAGAGAAGGUGCAGGAGUUGUUAGGGAACGAACCGGAACUGGUGAACCUGAGGGACGAGGAAGGUCUGUUACCGAUACAUUGGGCCGCCGAUCGAGGCCAUUUAAGGAUCACAGAAGAACUGGUUAAAAGGCAAGCGAAUGUGAACUCGCAGGACGAAGAUGGACAGACACCGUUACAUUACGCGGCAUCGUGCGGGCAUACCGAUGUCGUUAAAUAUUUACUUUCGAUCGGAGCUCGAUCGAUGAAAGAUAAUAGCGGUAUGACACCAAAAGAUGUUGCCGAAGAACAUUUAAAAGACAUAUUGUGAUUAAAUAUUAGCUUAUUUAGUCAUAUCAUGUACUAACCGAAUUUAAUAAUGAACGUCAAUAAAUCGAAUUAAUGACUUUCUCA